UUUUGCAUUAUUUCCGCUAUUUUAUCGUCCUGCAAUCUCCGCUUUUUUUGUAUAUCCACUGUUUCUUGCGAAGCAGGCGCGCAUUUAUUAUUUUCAUUUAUCUGGCUAAUGUCUGAUGAUACCGCAUUGAUACUGGGUUAUAGAACGAAUUUCCUCCUUCUAUUCCCUUCUCUUCUCUUUUUCUUUCUGGCUCGUCUAGGAGGAAGCUAUUUCUUUUGUCUCAAAAGCAUUGCAUAUCGCAACGUUCUGUACAUACUCCGGCGAAAGGUUAGGCUUUCCAGCCUAUACUUGAAAUUAGAGCGACUCUAAUCUUCUCUCAAGUCAUACAGCAUUCCCAAUAUCGUCAACUUUGACGUCAUUUA